AUGUCAUAUACACUACGAUAUCCUGAGUGCAAGGAUGCUAAUAAAUCCAAAUGGGUGAUUCGACAAAGCGGAGUCUAUCACCGAUAUAACACGAAAACAUUUCAGUCGUUAUUCAUCUUGUUCAGCCCAACUCCCAACUCCCGGGCACAUUGUGAAGCUAGAGAGUGGCUCCAAAAUUUCGAGACGAAAAUAGGAACUGAUCAUUUCUGGCUUCAUCGGCUACUAUUUUCAAUCUAUUUUCCAGAAUGGAGGGGGUAUAUAGUGUCAUUGGAGCGUCGAUUCUUGGAUCCCGCUAAUGAGGCAUUUGCAACAUUCAUCAACGAGUCUCUGAAUUUGGGAUACGAUGCUCUAAGCAGCUUGAAACGGACCGAAGGUCGGUUUCUCCAGAUCCCAACGAUGCUGGAGGCGGCAAAAGAUGCUCUAGACGAGCUUGAUUCACUGUUGAGCUCCAUGCCGCACCUAGAAUCCAGCCACACUAGCUGCGAGGCUUUCAAGAAUCAGCGCCGUCGCUGUGUAUCCUACUCUCGUACCGCCUCACAACUUCAACAGCGUGUGCAAUCUGUUGCCGGACUUUUGGCUGAUACGUUACUGCUUCGAGACCAGAUCCUGACUAAGGAACAAAAUCAGCAAAUAUUUCAGUUGAACAAAUCGGCUUUUAUUCUCACGGCCUUUACACUGUUUUAUCUUCCGUCUUCAUUCUUGGCUACCAUUUUUGGAAUGAACUUUUUUGGUAUGGACAAGGACAAUAAUCGCAUUGUUGCAACGCCUAUGAUCUGGAUAUUCUUCCUUUCUGCAACCUUACUGACAGUGGUUACAUUCCUAAUGUAUUACUGGCUGCGUCGCAGUGAGGGCUCGGUUAUCUUCAAGCUAAUUAAAAGCUCAGAAGGGUUCCUUCAGGCUUUGAGAAGUUCUACCAAGAGGGGAGAAAAGUGCCAGCAUUCUGAAGGAGUAUGGUUCCAGGCUUUCAAACGUCCGCUAAGAAGGUUCACAGGGGGAAUUAAUGACCGGCAAGAUUAUGAGGCUUGA